CCUCUCUCAUCAUUCAUAUUUCCUCCCCCCAAAUAAAAUAUAACGUCAAUUUAGACACCAAAAUGUAUGAGUCACACGAUCUUUGCUGUAUUUCAUGACAUGACAUGACAUAGCAUACUUAAAGUUAUAUUAGUAUUAUGUUUCUAUGCUUUUCAGGUUCUGGUUCUUAUUUUGAAGGGAUGACCUCCUGAGAGUAUGAGGGUAUUAGGCUGCAUCAACUAGCUAUACUGGAGAAUCAAAUGAUACCGGUUCUACCGAGUUGGUAACAUAUAAUAUAUAAGGAAAUAGAAUUGUAAUGGACGCGAUUACAAACACCUCUUCAAUGGCAGCUGCAGAGUUCAUCUCUCAGACUAUAGAGUUAUUCACUGAAGUAGCUGCUGAAACUAAGAACGUUUUUGUUGACAAGGAGAGUUUUUCAUCACUUGCUUCGUAUAUGAAUAGAAUUGUUCCUCUCUUAAAAGAGUUAAAUAAAAGGGAUAUUAGUGAUGCCGAAAAAAGUUUUGUUGAGAUCCUGAAUCAACAGGUCAAAGCUGCUAAACAACUGACAACGGAAUGUAGUCAAAAGAACAGAGUGUACCUCUUAAUAAGAUGUCGCUCGAUUACAAAACGCAUAGGGGAAAUUACAAAAGAAAUUAGUCGGGCAUUAAGUUUAAUCCCAUUAUCCCAGUUGGGAAUUUCAGCAAGCCUGAUGCAAGAAGUUGAUCAGCUUUGUGAAAGUAUGCAGACUGUAGAGUUCAAGACAGCCAUAGCAGAUGAAACAAUUUUGGAGAAAAUAGAGUCGGCGAUAUACGAAAGAAAUGUAGAUCGUUCGAAGGCUAACAAUUUACUGGUUUCUAUCGCACAUGCUCUGGGAAUUUCAACAGAAAGAUCUUCAUUAAAGAAGGAAUUUGAAGAUUUUAAAAGUGAAAUAGAAAAUGCACAACUGAGGAAAGAUCAAGCUGAAGCCAUUCAAAUGGAUCAAAUAAUAGCUUUACUUGAACGUGCAGACGCUACUUGUUCUCCUGAGGAAAAAGAAAGACAAUAUUUAACCAAACGGACUUCAUUGGGUAGUCAAGCGUUGGAGCCUCUUCAAUCGUUUUACUGCCCAAUCACUCGAGAAGUUAUGGUGGACCCUGUGGAAACAUCUUCUGGUCACACAUUUGAGAGAACUGCUAUUAAAAAAUGGCUGGCUGAUGGGAGCAACUUGUGUCCCUUGACUAUGACCCCUUUAGAAAAUUUAACAUUACGGCCUAAUAAAACCCUAAGGCAGUCGAUUGAUGAAUGGAAAGACAGGAACACAAUGAUCACAAUUGCUUCAAAGAAAUCAAUACUUUCAAAUCCAUCACCCGAAAACGAGGAAGAAGUGUGUUGUUGUUUGGAGGAACUGCGAAACUUAUGCGAACAAAGAGAGGUACAUCGGGAAUGGAUACUGAUGGAAAAUUACAUUCCUAUCCUCGUGGAACUUCUUGGUAGUAAAAAUCGAGAGAUAAGGACUCAUGCCCUUGUCAUGCUUUCCAUUUUGGCAAAGAACAAUGAUGAUGCGAAGGAUAGGAUUACGAAGGUCAAUGGCGUAAUUCAAUCUAUAGUUCGGUCACUUGGUCGUCGGGUUGCUGAAGGGAAGUUGGCAGUUGAAUUGCUAUUGGAAUUAUCAAGCAAUGAGACACUAAGAAAUUGCAUUGGAACGGUUCAAGGAUGCAUACUACUUUUAGUGACCAUGUCCAACAGUGAUGACGAUCAAGCUGCAAGCUGUGCACACAAGCUGUUGGACAAUCUUUCAUUUUCUGAUCAAAAUGUCAUCCAGAUGGCAAAAGCUAAUUACUUUAAACAUCUGCUGCAACGACUAUCUUCAGGAUCAGAAGAGGUAAAGAUGAAAAUGGCGAAAACAUUGGCAGAAAUGGACUUGACAGAUCUCAACAAGUCAUCUUUAUUUGAAGGAGGUUCACUGGAUCCACUCCUUGACUUGGUCUCACAUGGAAAUCCUGGGAUGAAGGAAACAGCUGCUAAAGCACUGUCGAACCUCUCGAGCUUACCAAAAAAUAGCAUACAAAUGAUAAAACAUGGUUCAGUUAACCUGUUGGUUAAUCUUCUCUAUAGUCACACGUCAUCCCCCUGUUUACAGGAUGAAGUGGCAACCAUAAUCAUGCAUCUUGCCAUGUCAACAAUGUCACAAGUUUCGGCCAAAACCCCGAUUUCAUUAUUUGAAUCUGAUGAAGAUAUUGAUAGCCUUUUUUCUUUCAUUGGCUGUACGAGACCUGUAGUGCAAGAAAGUUUACUUUGUUCUUUUUAUGCCAUGUGUCAUUCUCCCUUUGCUUCUACUGUGAAAGCAAAGUUGAGACAGAAUCCAAAUAAUGAACAAGCAUUGAUGCAAUUGUGUGGCAAUGAAAACCUAAAAGUAAGAGCAAAUGCGGUUAAGUUGUUGUGUUGUUUAACAGAAGAUGGUGAAGAGAAAGAGAUCAUAGAUCGUAUGGGGCAACAAUUAAUCGAGACUUUGAUAAACAUAAUAAAGUCUGACAGUGAUAUGGAAGAGAUUGCUUCUGCUAUGGGUAUCAUUGCAAACCUCACACAGUCAUCUGAACUCACCGAGUCACUAUUGAGUGCAGGUGGACUCCCAGUUAUGUCCAACUGUCUUCGUGAAGGAAUGAAAAAUGCAACCCAGAAGAAACAGCUAAUAGAAAACGCCGUUGGUUCACUUUGUCAUUUCACCAUCCCCACAAACCUGAAUUCACAAAAGAAAGUAGCCGAGGAAGGUGUCAUUCCCUUAUUUGUCCAGUUGCUAGAGCAAGGAACAAGUUUGACCAAAAGAAAGGCAUCUAUUUCUCUUGGCCAACUUUCUAAAACCUCUUUUCAGUUAACUCGCCGUGUCCCCAGGGGAGGUUUUUUCAGGUGCUUCACUCCUCAGUUAGAAUCUAUAUGCCCAGUUCAUCAAGGAUUCUGUAACGUAGAAACAUCGUUUUGCUUAGUGGAAGGCGAUGCAGUGUCACCAUUGGUGAAACUUUUGGGAGAUUCUGAUACUGAUGUCUGUGAAGCUUCUUUAGAUGCAUUGUUGACUUUGAUUGAAGAUGAGAGACUACAAUAUGGAUGCAAAGUGCUUGCUGAAGCUAAUGCAAUACAGCCAAUUAUAAAGUUACUUAACAGUACUUCUUCGAGUUUGCAGGAAAAAGUACUGAACGCAUUGGUGAGAAUUUUUCGGUUGGUAGAGUUCAAGCAAAAAUAUGGAAGUUCGGCUCAGAUGCCUUUAGUUGAGUUGACUCAGAGAGGAAACAACAGAACAAAGUCAUUGGCAGCUGGGAUUCUUGCUCAGCUAAAUGUGCUUCAUGAUCAAUCAUCUUAUUUCUAGUUGGAUUUUAUCAAUGCAGGGAGAACGGAAAGGAUUUAGAGAUGUAAAUCCAUGUUCGGUUGGUGAUUAUUUGUAUGGCGAGUAUUAUGCUAAGCAGGUAGAUUACCUCUUGACUGGUGGUAUAUGAUUUUCGCAAAACUUGGGUCUUCUUCAUUAGCUCAGUGAAAUUCUUUUGUCAUUGAUUUUGUAAACAGCUUCUGUAUUAUAGUGUAUAAUUGUAUAUGACUAUGUGACAUUUAUAGAUGCCUCAAUUGAAAUUAAAGUAUAAUGAUUCCAUA